AUGGCCAGCUUCGACGCACAGAGCCUGCGCCCCGACAUUGCGAGCAUCCUCGACCAAGCAGAUCGCUCGAGCGUGUCCGCAAAGGCCGUCCGCAAGGCUCUGCAGGCCAAGUACCCGAACCUCGACAUCAAGGCGCACAAGCAGGCGAUCGACUCGGUGACGACUGAGCUCUUCACGUCGGGCGGGAACGGCGACGGCGGUCACGGGCACGAGGACGCCGACGUCAAGCCCAAGCUGCCUUCGUUCCAGAAGCUCAAGCGCUCGCGCUCGCCGUCCGCCAACGGGUUCGCGCCCGAGCCGACCUCGUCGCCCGCUUUCGCCCUCGCCACCACCUCGAAGAGCAAGAGCAAGGCCGAGGAGGACGACGCGGCCAUGGCGCGCCGGCUCCAGGCCGAGUUCGCGUCGCAGAGCGCCGGCCGCACGACGCGCAACGGCACGACCUCGUCGGCGUCCAAGAAGCGGACGGCGGGCGGCAAGAAGAAGAGCAAGGCGCGCGUGAGCGACGACGAUAGCGAGGGCGGAGGAGGAGCGGCGCCCAAGAAGAAGAAGCGCAAGGCGAACCCCAAUUCCGGGUUCAACAAGUUCCACCUGCUCUCGCCCGAGUUGGCGGCCAUCUGCGGCGAGGAGGUGGCGAGCCGGCCGAGGGUGACCAAGCUCAUGUGGCGCUACAUCAAGGCGCACGACCUCCAGGACGCCAACAAGCGCACCGACAUCCUGCCCGACGAGACGCUGCAUCGCGUCCUCCCCUUUGCGCGCAUCAACUCGUUCACGAUGGCCAAGCACAUCAGCCCGCACCUGUUCCCCUUCGACCCCGAGCAGCACGCGCACCUCGUCCCGCCGCCCUCGGACGACGAGGAGCCCGCUGCGCCCUCGUCGACGCUCGCCGCCUCGUCCGACGACGACGACGUCAAGGACAAGAAGCCGAGGGCGGCGGCCCGUGCGCCGACGGCGGACAAGGCGGGCGUGAGGGGGUCGGGCAGGGGCCUGAGCAAGGAGGAGGUCGACACGGAGGACGAGGAGAGCGAUUAGAGGGUCGGGGCGCGAGGGGAUGGGCGUGGCGAGG